AUGGAUAGCGGCAGCAACAUGGAAUCCAAGGCGGCGUCAGGCGACGAGGCCGCCGCCAUGACGACCUCGCCCGGGCCGGAGUCGGAGGCGGUGGCCGGAGAGGAGGAGGCGGCCGUGUCGCCGCCGCCGGCGGCAGCUGCCAGCCCGAGGCCGUACUACGAGUGCGUCUUCUGCAAGCGCGGGUUCACCACGGCGCAGGCGCUCGGCGGCCACAUGAACAUCCACCGCCGCGACCGCGCCAAGCCGGCCCGCGACUCGCCCGCCGGCAUAACGUCGGUGUCCCGGAACGUCGAGUGCUACAACAAGUACCGCCACUUGGCGUCGUCGUCGUCGUAUCCUCUUCCAGCACAGUCGUCAUCUCCGAUUCCGGUGGGUGCCGGCAGCAGCUUCGGCAUGUACUACGUGAGCUCCGGAGUUGCAGCGGCGGCCGCCGCCGCUAGGCUGGACGCGGAGGACGGGAGCCCUAGCAGCGUGAGCCCCAGGGAGCUUACCCUGUUCGGCGAGGCCAAACGUGAUCAGGACUUGCACCUGGGCCUCGGGCGCCAGGAACACGGUUCGCGCACGACGGAGGGCGGCGGGUCAGAGCGGCAGCAGUCGGGCGAGCCGCCGGAGAGGGAGCUGGACUUGGAGCUCAGGCUUGGGCGUCGUCCCAGGCAUUGA